AUUGUAAUCCAAAUUCACGUACCUACCAAAUAUAAUUAUUUCGUUUGUGGCGUCAGUUUGACCUGAUUAAAAAUUGCUUUCUGAAUAUCUUUUUGUGCAUUUAGUUUUAUUUAAAUCAAUAUAAAAGUUGUAGUUCACAAAAAUGACUACUGUGGCUUUUAAGGUCAAAAGCAAAAAUGGACAACAGAUAUUAAAAGAUUUGACCUCUGAUAGCACAGUGGGUGAACUAAAAUUGUUUCUGUCGAGUAUAUCGGACGUUGCAUGCGAGAGGAUUUGUGUGCUAAGUGGAUAUCCGCCGAAACCUUUGGAUAUUAGUGAUGACGGGAAGAGAAUUAUUGAUAUUGGUUUAAAGACGGGAGAGACGUUAAUCGUCGAAGAGAAGUCUCUGUCAGCGAUGAACCCGGAAAGUAGUAAUCCAUCUAAGCCCAUAGAGAAUGGCAUAGCAUCUCAUGAAACUAUUGGGCCUUGUAGACCUGGCAUUCUCAUGAAGAAAGUAGUCCCAUCAGACAAUUCUUGUCUCUUCACAAGUAUAGGUUUUGUUCUAAAUGGCAAUGUGGACACGACAGUCCACACGCUGAUGCGUCAAAUUAUAGCGAUGGAAGUGGCAAGUGACGUGGACACUUACAACGAAGCAAUGCUCGGACGUCCAAACGCUGAAUAUUGCCUGUGGAUACAGCAACCCAGUUCUUGGGGUGGUGCUAUAGAGGUAGCGAUAUUAUCACGUUUUUACGGAUUAGAGAUGGCGGUAGUGGACACCUUGAAUGCUAUAAUCAAUAGGUUCGGAGAAGACAAAAAUUAUGGCCAAAGAGUGUUUCUUCUGUUUGAUGGAGUACAUUAUGACCCAUUAUAUUUAGAACAAUCUGAUGGUGGUAUUCAAACGAUGUUCCCAGCUGAAGAUAUGGACAUAUACAGAGAAGCGGAACAACUUGCGCAGGAAGCCAAAUCAUCAAGGCAGUUCACUGACCUCAACAAGUUCACUCUAAAGUGCAUGGUGUGUGACAAGUUCCUAACCGGGCAAGCAGAAGCGCAGAAACACGCGAAAGAAACUCAACACACGAAUUUCGGUGAAGUUUAGCGUUUUUAGUUAACAGACAGGCUUUUUGGCGAACGAGAUUGUGUGAGAGGUUCGAAGGAAACAAGACAAAGAAAAGUAUAGGCAACGGGAUAGCGUAGUCAGAUGAGAUAGAAUGCUUUUAUAUUACUUCCCAGCCUAUGUUAUAUAAAUAGGUAAAGCACACGAUGAGGGAGAAAAGAUUCAGCACUCUGUCCCGUGUAUUUAUAUGCGUUUCCCUUUCAAGUGAAAUUACAAAAUGUGGCCAUGUGUAUAAUUUUCUUUGUCUAUGGAUAAACGCUUUAUUCAAGAGCGAAUUUGUUCGCAGUGAUGAUAAUCAAGUGUAACGAUUUGCCUGACAUCUUUGAUGUUUUAAUGACAAUGAUUCGUCAAAAUGUCACAACGAUCAGACAUUUGACAUUUCACGAAUUAGACAAUUAGUAAAACAUGGAGCUGUUAGCUGUUUACCUGAAUGAAGAGCAUGUAUGUACAUUAGGAUCUUAUCGAGUGUGUUAUUGUUAAGUUUGGUAUCAAAGAUUUUGGUCGAGUCGCCUAAAGGCAUCUAACAUGACUUACACGACUACCGCCAGUUGUUGAGUACACAUUAGCGAAACAAACAGCCAAAUCAGUGUGGGGGUUGUAUCACGAUGUUUUCCUUCACCGGAAGCAAGUGAUGGUCAAUGAAAACUAUUUAUACAUAAGUCAGUAUACAAACUGAGGCACGAGUAGGAUUCGAAUCCCUAAAACCGAAUGUCCUACCGCUUCAUGAUUUAUUAUGUCGGCAAAAAUAUUGUAUAUAGGAUACAAUCGAGUUAUCUGCCAACCAAAGCCGUCUGUUAAUACAAAUACGGAUGUUUCCUGGGUCAGUAAUUAAUUACUUUUAUUCAAAGAAACAAAUUUAUAUAAUACUCUUCUACAAAAAAUAAAUAAAUUUAUGAAAUAUUUUUUAUUUCUUGCAUCAAAAAAUAUUUCUCGCUAGAAAGUUGCUUAUUUUCAUUAAAAAUUUAACUACCUACGUCACUUUUGUCACCGUAUCUCACAUCGCUUGCCAUUAUUGCGCAAAAGCCAAAAUAUGAUUUUGACUUUUUAGAAACAUCUGUAUAAUGUAGAUGGAUUAGUUUGAUAAUAAUUCUGAUAGUUGUGUCCUUGUGAAUCGAAUGACAAUACAAUAUUAGUGAUAGAAGCGGGCGAAUUGAUGAAGAACAUGUAGGAAAGCGGACCCUGGUCUCCGGCGCACAACGGUUGAGGAAGCAACCGAGAAAACGCUCAGCUGAGAGAGAAUAUUAGUGGUAGAGAUAGCAUCGUUUGUGAAAUGGUGUGCCAAUUGCCCUGUUAAUUUAAAAUGUAUUGUAUGAACGAACAUAACAUGGUAUUAAUAAUAUUAUUAAGUAUUCACGACUAUUGUAUAUUAAUUAAACCUUCACAGUAGCGUUAAAUCAAUCAGUAUCCAGCCCCCUAUAAGUUCGAAACUUGUUAUAAGGUUUACUAACUCAACUUUCUUACUGCAACUGUUAUACAUAUGAAUUAAAUUAUUUUUAAAUAAUAGUUUUGACACAGACGGCGUAUUAUAAUUAGUGCCCUCAUUAGAUCUUCCAAGUGCACUAUAAUUUAUAAUUAAUAUUAUAGGUGGAUAUCAAGGACCCAGGUCAAUUAAAUUAAAUUUUUCAUGUUGACCUGACCGGGCAUCGAUAUCGGAAUCUCUUAUGUAGUAAUUCAACAUGACGAGGUCGUGUUUAUAUGGAAAGUUGAGACGUUACAGAAUUAUUUAAAAGGACACAAUUAUUAUUACGUUAGCUAAUUAUAAACUUAAGGUUGUUGUCACACAUUUGAAUAAAAUAUAAUGAAAUUUAGGUAUUUAUUUCUUGUUAGACGUAUGAGAGGUUUUAUUGGUCGUUUCUAGAUAAAUAUUUAUGUAAUUUCGUAACUGUCGACUAUUUUGUGAAAAUAUAGUAUCUUAAAAAAUAUAUAAUAUUUAUUGUUUAGAGUCUAGUCUACUAGUUGACGCCAUUGGAUGGAGGUCCUGUAACUAUGACGAACAUUUAUAAUAAACCCGUGUGUACUCACAAUUAAGAUUAUGAUUUCCGAGAAUACUGCCUAACAGCUUGAAAAUUUCGAAAACAGUACAACACUACUCACAGCUAACAUUACAAAUUUACCUUGGAUUUAGACCUUUCUCUACACCAGCUCCCCUAGCGGCGAAUAAAAUCGCGUUAGCCCUCGUGAAAACAAGCACGGGCACACUUUCAUUCACCUCCAAUGUAAAAUUGUAAUCUGACGUUGCACGAGAAAUGGUAGCUUCUGUACGACAGUCGCUGUAUAUAAGCGUAUAUAUAAUUAAAAUGAGAAAGUGAAAAGUCAAGAAAAGUGACUUUCCGUGACAUAACUUUCCUAGUGGAACAUCUCAAAUAUUGUUCACCAUACUAUGAACUGAAAGUUCGUAUAGAAAUAACUAAAUUAAAUUAAUAAUUUAUGUACUAGAAGAAUAACAUAUUGGAAAUUUUCUUAUUCAAAAGUAUGUCGACAACCCAAAUAGUUAUCAAGGCACGUUCAUGUAUGUUUAGAACGUUGCUAUAGUUUUAUAUAAUUUAUUUAAUUAUUGUAAAUAGUUAUCACCAAUCGACUUCAAAGAGAGCUUGUUUUUUUUUUGUAGCUCUAUAUUUUAAUAUUAAACCUAUUAAUUGUUUUUGUUCAAUGUGCUGUUUUAUGAAAAUAUAAAUGCUCAUAGAAGUCGAUUUGUUUUCUAUAAAGGAGAAUAAUGUUAGUAGUAUAUUUUUGGACGCUCGAAGUAAUCACAAAAUAGUUUUACUACAGCGCAGUAUGUCAAUGAAGCCAUGAAAUUGCUAUAUGGUAUUUUAACAAAGUGGCGCCACCUGUGUUCAUGGCUUUUUUGGUAAACUGUAGGUACAACGCAUCAUAUGUGGAUGGUUACAAUAAACUAAUUUACAAAAAAAAAAA